GUGUGGAAUCACUCUAGUGUGCGCGCUCACGCAGCUCCGCUGAUGUAGGAGGAGACGCUGCUGUCAUCUGCAAAAAAAAAAAAAAGUGGCAAAAUCCAUUUUUAAAGGCAACGGGCUUUUCUCCCUUCCAGGAUUUUUAAUUCUACAAGUGUUGUGACUGAGAGCUUCCAUUAUAUAAAACGACACAAAAGGGAAUGUUUUUGACAUUAUUCAGUUACUCGUUGUGAAGCUGUGACGCUUCAUUCACCCGAUCGGACUCCUUUCCAGAGGAGGAAUCUUUUUUUCCCUGCAUUUGAAGGGGUGGAUAAGGCUGGAGAGGGGGGAAAUAGGAAAAGUGGAUGUCGCGACUGUGCGAUCUGUCCCGUUUUCACCGGGACCCGUGUUGGUGGUGAGCCGCCGCGGAGCCGUUGUGGGAGUGUCGCACGUACGCGAGGAUAGUUUGUCCUGGAUUUUUCAAUCAUUUGCGAGAUAAGGCUCCCGGACCUCCUCCUCCUCGUCGACGCUAUUCUCCCUUCCUCGUCCUCCCGGUUUUUUCUUCCUCUCUUACCUCCGUGAUUUUGCCGCGGUCCGCACGCGGGGUAGAGGCUCGCGCUCACCGCGAGAGGACUGAACGCAGCGCGCGAGGCCCCCCGGCCCCCUCCCCCACUCUCAAACCCCCUUCAGAUCAUCUCCUCACCUCCCUCUCAUUUUUUCCUUCUUCUUUCUUAAUAUUUUUCCUCAGAGAAGAAGAAUAGGGGGGAUUAUUUCAUUUUUACGCGCCUUUUUUCCAACGGCCACCCGAGCGAAGUGAUAUUUUUGUGUUUUUUUUUUCUGGUUUCUGAAGCCCCGACGAGGCCGGGCUGUGUACAGUAAAGCAGUGGGGAUGACUUUAGAGUCGAUGAUGGCCUGCUGCCUGAGCGAAGAGGCCAAGGAGUCGAAACGAAUCAACGCCGAAAUCGAUAAGCAACUGCGUCGAGACAAACGCGACGCGAGACGGGAGUUGAAGCUGCUCCUGCUCGGCACAGGUGAGAGCGGCAAGAGUACGUUCAUUAAACAGAUGCGUAUCAUCCAUGGCACCGGAUACACAGACGAGGACAAACGUGGCUUCACCAAGCUGGUGUACCAGAACAUCUUCACCUCCAUGCAGUCCAUGAUCCGUGCCACUGAGACCCUGAAAAUCGGCUACAAGUAUGAGCAGAACAAGGCAAACGCUAUGCUGGUAAAGGAGGUGGACAUUGAGAAGGUGAAUUCAUUUGACCAGCCCUACAUUAAUGCCAUAAAGAUGCUGUGGUCAGAUCCAGGCAUUCAAGAGGCCUAUGACAGGCGGCGAGAGUACCAGCUGUCAGACUCCACGAAAUACUAUCUAUCUGAUCUGGAUCGUAUCGCCGAGUCCUCCUACCUUCCCACCCAGCAGGAUGUUCUGAGGGUUCGAAUCCCGACCACAGGGAUUAUUGAAUACCCGUUUGACCUUCAAAGCAUCAUUUUCAGGAUGGUUGAUGUGGGGGGUCAGAGGUCAGAGCGCAGGAAGUGGAUCCACUGUUUUGAGAAUGUGACGUCCAUCAUGUUCCUGGUGGCUCUGAGCGAGUACGAUCAGGUUCUGGUGGAAUCGGACAAUGAGAAUCGUAUGGAGGAGAGCAAGGCUCUGUUCAGGACGAUAAUCACAUAUCCAUGGUUCCAAAACUCCUCUGUCAUCCUCUUCCUCAACAAGAAGGACCUGCUGGAGGAGAAGAUCUCUUACUCCCACCUGGUCGACUAUUUCCCAGAGUUUGAUGGUCCCCAGAGGGACGCCCAGGCUGCACGGGAGUUCAUCCUGAAGAUGUUUGUGGAUCUGAACCCUGACAGCGACAAGAUCAUCUACUCGCAUUUCACCUGCGCCACCGACACGGAGAACAUCCGCUUCGUGUUCGCGGCGGUGAAAGACACCAUCCUGCAGCUAAACCUGAAGGAAUACAACCUGGUGUGAGACGUGCGACGAGUCCAACACCGCUCACACGAAUCAGCAUAGAACAGGCACCCACAGAGCGUGCGCACACCUACGUCCACACACACAACACACACACACACACAUACAUACACACACACACACACACACAUGCAUCAUGUACACAGUCAGAAACACACGGUUCUUUUGAUUUCUCUUUCCCAGCUUCCAGAGUUCUUCUCUUUCUGUCCAGUGGAAUCGUAACGGACGUGUCCUGCUCAUCGUUUAUUUUUUAUUUGUUUGCCAAAGUCUGUCCGCUCAGCACCGGCAGCUCUCGUCAAAGGCCUCUUUCCCUUUUAUCAAAUUUGACCACCAAAACGUGGCUUGGAUUUGACAAAGGGCGUUAGACUCCGACUCGCCACACCCAACGUUUGCGUAUUUCAAGAAAAUGUUGGAUUGGCGGAGCUACAAUGAGAAUGAUCUGUGAUGCGCUGGCCUGAAAAACUGGAAGUGACGUUCCUUCCUCUUCCUGUACUGUCACUCGCUCCAAUCACGUCAUCUGCUCCGAGAGCUUCUCGGGAAUUCUGCCUGGAUGAAUGGAAAAAUGUGGUGUUCACAGCCCUGCAAAAAGACAAAAACGACAAAAAAAUUAAUAAAAAUCACAACAUAUUUACAUACUUGUACAUGGACACAUGGACUAGUGCUGUGGUGCCAGAAGUUCCGAAACGGAUCCAUUGGAUCCUUCUAGAAUUCCGAGGAUUCCGGCGGAUUCUAGAAUCCAGUGGAUUCCAGCGGGUUCCACUGGUGGUGUGGAGAACCUUUCACUCGCAGAGAUGAUUCUCUCGACGAGGCUAGUCUUCAACUCGCAUCGAUGAAUGUAAACUUCAUGUGAGAGCAUCGCAAAUGCAAAAAAAAAAAAUCAACAAAAAAUCUGAAAAAAAAAAAAUGAUAAUGAACGAAAAUAGUGUAAGAAUGCCUAUAUAAGCAAAAAGCACGCGAGGGAGAGAUGAAAAGAAAUAAAUCUGUGUAUAUUGCUGAGAUGAUCAUUUUAAAAACUUUUUAAUGAUAGGUAACUAUAGCUACUUCUACUGCUACAGAAUAUAAAGUAAAUUAUAACAGCAGUCGAAUUAAUGAUGGGUAAGAGACAGCGUUAAGGAUUUUUAAAUGUGCGCGAAACAGGAUUAUACACAUACGAUAGGUAUUGUUCCACAUUUAGAGUUGAAAAUGAUUGCAUUGCUUCCUUCCCCCAUGGUUAUCUUUUAUCUUCCUUCCCGGUUUCGUUUUAACCUCGCGAUCUAAUAAAUUAGUGCGCGAUUAUCUUCUUUUUUUUUUCGCUCACGAACAGAUACUUUAUCAAUUCAGAAUCCGGGCCGUAGACUCGCGGGUAUCGUCGUCAUCCAGCGGCCCAGAUGCACACAAUCCAUUAUUUGUUUAUGUAGUUUUUUUAUUGACAUAGCGUAAAUUUUUCGGUCAACAAUUUCAUGAAUUUCGAAACGAAAUUCCGGUGGGAACAUGGGAGGACGAGGGUGGGGGGACAGGAAAGCAUUCAUGCGCUGAAGUUAAAUGAUUGUGUAUAUUUAUAUUUGUAAAUACGUAUACACAUUAUUGCUUAUGUACAAAACGUCUGUGGUACACUAUCUUUGGCAAAAAAAAAGAGAAAAAAAAUCACUUUUUCGUAAUUGUGUACGGUUCUGUUGGUUUUCUUAUGAAUUACAAUAUUAUUGAUACUGUGAUUCUUCGUUUUAAUUUUUGAUUUUUCUUUUUUUUUUGGUCACUAUGAAUACGUCAAAUGAUAUACACAUAGCUGUACAUGAUGGUAACGUGUGGAGGACGAAUGUGGUUUUAAAAAACAACGCGCGCGGUUAUGAUGAGCAAUAGUCUGAGAAAACCUAGAGCGUUUGGAAACAUCGGAGAGGGAUGGCGAAACGGCCUUCUCUACAGUGUGAAUGUUAUAUGAGAUAAAAAUAAAAAAUAUGAUUUUUAAGCAAAAGAAAAGAUUAAUUAAAUAAAGAACAUUUUAUUUAUAUAAUUUAUGGACCAGAUCUGAAGUUGUUGAUAAUUUGAAUUCUAUUGUUUCCUCUUUCCUAUUUGAAGCACUCCCAUGUUAUGAGACAGAAAUAGGAGACUAGUGUCUGUACUGCUGUAUAAACCUCCGUUAUGGAUAAAAUGAUCAGCUUUUUUGUUUUAAUUUUCUUUUUUUUUUUUCCCAAGCACACAAUAUAUUGUACUAUAAAUAUAUUUCCCUAACCACACUUUUCACUUUCCUCCAGAUUUUUUUUUUUUUUUUUUUUUAAUUGUUUAAUUUCCAAAUGAUGUUUAGGUGAAGUGCUUAAAAACAAACAUAGGAAAUGUACCAUAUGAAAAUAGACAGCUUUUUAUCUGUGAUUGAAGAUCUAUUUGGUU